AUGCCUUCCCUAACAACCCCCGAAUCCCCAUUCACACCAAAGGUCCAAGCCAAGUUGCUUGCUAGCCGGGAGAACGCCUCUCGUGACUUCCGCUCAGAUGUCGUUACCGUCCCCAUCGAGGAGAUGAUGACAUCUAUUCUCGAGGCCUCGGUAAACGACGACAUCUACGACCCUGAAGGUGACCCUUCUGUCAAGGCUCUGGAGGCUCGACUUGUCGAGUUGACGGGCAUGGAGGCUGCUCUAUGGGCUGUUUCUGGUACUCAGGGGAACCAAAUUUGUUUGCGAACACAUCUUACCCAGCCACCGCAUAGUGUGCUGCUAGAUCAUAGGGCACAUGUGCAUUGUUGGGAGAGUGGUGCUCUGCCAGUGAUUUCACAGGCGAGUGUCACGACGGUUCAUGCAAAGAGCGGAGUGCAUCUGACGUUGGAGGACGUUCAGAAGAACAUCAUCGCUGAUGGGAACAUUCACUUCCCACCUACAAGGGUGGUAUCUCUAGAGAAUACACUCUCGGGCACUAUUCUGCCACUUGCUGAUGCCCAAGCCAUCUCAAACUAUGUCCGUUCAUUCCCUGUACCGGAAGGCCAGAAGCCCAUUGCCAUGCAUCUAGACGGAGCUCGUGUCUUUGACGGUGUCAUCGGAGAAGGUGUUGACCUCAAGGCCUACACAGCCUGCUUUGACAGUAUAUCUAUCUGUCUAGCCAAAGGUAUCGGUGCCCCAAUGGGCAGCGUCAUCCUCGGCAAGAAGCCCUUCAUUGAGCGGGCGAAGUGGUUCAGGAAGAUGUUGGGAGGAGGAACUCGACAGCCGGGUAUGAUGGCCGCUGCAGCUCUGUCUGCGCUCGAGUACAGCAUCCCGAGGUUUCCGUCUGUGCAUGCCAUGACGAAAGAUGCUGCUGCGAGACUCGAAGCAGUGGGAUACAAGUUCACACUCCCUGUCCAGACCAACAUGAUUCUGCUAGAUCUGGAAGCCGCUGGCAUCCCACCCGCGGCAUUCGUUGAGUACUGCGCAAAUGAGGAUGUCUCGGUCUUCCCCAUGGCCAGGCUCGUGUUUCAUCAUCAGACGUCUGAGGUGGCUGUUGAUAAGUUGGUGACGGCGCUGACGAGGUUGAUGGAGGAUAAGCGUAACGGGGUGACUCUUAAUGACGGAGAGGCCCAUGGCGGGUACAGUUAG